UGACACAUACCAUUAAACCUUUCACAGAUCAAUUCUAUAUUACAGUUCGACCCCUAUCUAUCUACUUUUUCCAUAUUUUGUUUACGUACACAAACAAAAGUAUACAUAUUCAUGCACUCACAUGGCCAAUAAUCCUGCUAACGUGCGCCAAGAUGACCCACAGCCGCAAGUUCCUGUGCCCAUCCUCUCCAUACAAGUGCCUGAACCUUCUUUCCCAGCUAAUGUGCGCCAGGAGGAGACUACGCCACGUCUUUCUGUUCCCAGUCCCACAACCUUUGAAGACCCGUCUCCUAGGCCCGUACCAUCUCCAGGCGAAUCACUGGGUCAACAGGCCUCCGGUGGGAGCCCGAAGUAUAGGGGAGUGCGGAGCCGGAGCGGGAAAUGGGUGUCCGAAAUACGGGAGCCACGUAAGACUACGCGCAUUUGGCUCGGUACGUACCCGUCUCCGGAGAUGGCGGCCGCCGCCUACGACGUGGCCGCUCUGGCCUUGAAAGGCCCCGAUGCCUCUCUUAACUUCCCGAAUUCUAUCCUUUCGUACCCAAUACCAUCUUCGACAUCUGGGAUCGAUAUUCAAGCCGCGGCGGCCAGAGCGGCGGAGGCUAUGGCACGGAAGCCGGAGACGUCGGAGAGUACUGAAGGAAAACAGGAAACGAAGCCCUCGGAAAAUAAGGACACAACGAUCGGCAGUAGCAGUACUCAGGUGGGCGAGGAGUAUAUCGACGAGGAAGCGCUCCUGAACAUGCCGAAUUUGCUGGUGGACAUGGCGGAGGGAAUGCUCGUGAGCCCGCCGAGGAUUGAGUCGAAGUCUUCGGACGACUCAGAUGGAGAAGAUUUAUGGAGUUAUUCCUAAGAAGGCACAAAUCGGAAGAAAGAAACAUAUAUAUAAAUUUAUAUAAUCGUCGCUUGCCACUUCAGGUAAUGGUAUUCAUGGAAAAGUUUUUGAGUAUUUUCCAUAUUGCGUGUGGUUUUUUCUCUCUCUCUCUUUUUUUUUUUUUUGGUUUCCUAUUAGGUUUUCAAAGUGCUUUCCUACAUGAUUCUCUGCAUUCUGGUUCUGGUUCUGAACUACAUGAGCAGCAGUCGCGUUAGGUAGGUAGGAAGGUAGAACUAGUGUUGAUUUUGCUGCUGAUCAUGUCUUGGUGGUUGUGUUGUUGAUGUAUAUACAAAUUUCAAGAGCUUACAAUA